AUGGCCGUGCCAGAGGAUCCAAAGAUCCUCGCAGACGCACUCAAUGUCGUCAAGGUGCAGACCGUCCAGCUCAAGCGCUACCUUGAGCUGGACGAAAUCAUGGAGGCCCUCAAGGCUGCUUCCACGAUGCUGUCCGAGCUCCGGACCUCGUCUCUAUCUCCGAAACAAUACUACGAGCUGUACAUGUCCGUCUUCGACAGCCUCCGCCACCUGAGCUCGUACCUGUACGAGGCCCACAUCGAUGGCAGACACCACCUUGCCGACCUCUACGAGCUAGUCCAAUACGCUGGCAACAUCGUCCCCCGUCUAUACCUCAUGAUCACCGUCGGAUCGGUCUACAUGUCCAUCCAGGAUGCGCCUGUUCGCGAGAUCAUGAAGGACAUGCUUGAAAUGUCACGAGGAGUGCAGCACCCGACUCGCGGCCUGUUCCUGCGGCACUAUCUUUCCGGUCAAACCCGGGAUUUCCUGCCCGUCGGUAACGUCGAUGGGCUGCAGCACCAGGGACACUCGCGAGAACGCGAGAAGCGUGAAACCGAGCGACGGGACCUGCGAAUUCUCGUGGGCACGAAUCUCGUUCGCUUGUCGCAGCUCGAGGGCGUCGACGUCGACAUGUACCAGCGCAUCAUCCUUCCCGCCGUGCUCGAGCAGGUUGUGAGCUGCAAGGACGUGAUUGCGCAGGAGUACCUGAUGGAGGUUGUGAUUCAGGUGUUCCCGGACGAGUUCCACCUGCACACUCUCACGCCGUUCCUGUCCAAGGUCGCCCAGCUCCACCCACGUGUGAACGUAAAGCAGAUCGUCAUUGCGCUCAUCGACCGAUUGGCUGCGUACGCCGCCCGAGAAGCGGAGAACGAGGAUCCCGAGGAGAAGAAGCGCCAGGAGGAAGAGGCCACGAAACGACUCGCGGAGCGCGUCAAGCAGGUCCGGUUGCACGACCGCAAGUCGCCGGAAGCGGAGGAGGAGCCGUCAACGCCGAGACCCGCCGAGGCUGACGAGUGGGCAGACCAGCCGUCAGCAGAGAAGAAGGAUGGAGAGAGCAAGACUGAAAACGGCGAGGCGGAGAACGGCGAGAAGAAGGAGGGCGAGGAAGGCGGCAAGGCCGAUGCCGAGGAGAAGCCGCCCACGCCCCCCGAGAAGCCGAAGACGUUCCGUGGCAUCCCGGAAGACGCCCGUCUGUUCGAAGUGUUCUGGGCUCAGAUUGUGGAGCUCAUCAAGGAUAUCACCGCGCUCUUCGUGUCGAUUGCCAACCUGUCGCUCAGCUGCUACCCCGACCACCUCGAGUACAUCGACCAGAUCUUCUCGUACGCCACGAGCAAGGUGCGCGAGUACCAGCAAAACCCGGACCUGCAUGCGCCGCCGACAGCCGCCAACCUGCUUGCGCUGCUGCUGGCGCCGAUCCAGUCCUACGUCUCGGUGCUCACACUGCUGGCGAUCCCGUCCUAUAUCCCCCUACUGUCUGUGCAGCCGUACACGACACGUGCGGCUAUCAGCCACGCGGUUGUCUCUUCGGUGCUGAAGAACAACACGCAAAUCGAGACGACAGACGACGUCGAGGGCGUGCUCGGACUGUGUGCCGUGCUGGUGCGGGAUCAGAAGGACUCGCAGGGCGGGUCGCUUGCGCCUGCGCGCCGACCGCCGCCUGACCUGCGCGAGCUCGCCGAGGAGCAGGGCUGGGUUGCGCGCAUGAUCCACCUGUUCCGAACUGAGGACCUGGGCGUGCAGCAGGAGCUACUGCAGACGGCGUACAAGCAGCUGGCCGAUGGCGGGGAGAGGAUACGGUGGACGUUCCCGCCACUUAUCACGUCUGCGAUCCAGCUCGCGCGGCGGUUCAAGGCGCGUCAGUCGGAGGAGAAGGACUGGGAGCCGCGGAUCAGCAGCCUGUUCAAGUUCAUCCACCGCCUCAUCUCGAUCCUGUACACCAAGGUGGAGGCGCCGGAGAUCUGCCUGCGCCUCUUCCUGCUCGCGGCGCAGGUGUCGGACGAGUGCGGUCUGGAGGAGCUGACGUACGAGUUCUUCGUGCAGGCGUUCGUGAUCUACGAGGAGAGCAUCAGCGAGUCGCGCGCGCAGCUCAUGGCAAUCACGGGCAUCAUCAGCGCGCUGCAGGGCUCGCGUGUCUUCGGGGCGGACAACUACGACACGCUCAUAACCAAGGCGGCGCUGCACGGCUCCAAGCUGCUGAAGAAGGGGCACCAGGCGACAGCAGUCCUCUACGCGUCGCACAUGUGGUGGCAGACGGGCGGGGACGAGCGCCCAAACCCGCCCCUGCGCGACGGCAAGCGCGUCCUCGAGUGUCUCCAGAAGAGCCUGCGCAUCGCGACCGGGUGCAUCGACGAGCUCACCAGCGUGCAGCUGUACGUCGACGCGCUCGACCGCUACAUCUACUACUUUGAGCAAGGGGUCGACGCCGUCACGCCGAAAUACAUCAACUCGCUCGUCGAAUUAAUCACGUCCAACAUUGACGCCGUGCACAGCACAGACGUGCAUCCCUCGAGCGCGUCGCCGCCGGGGCUCGUCGACGGCGUGAACACGCCGGAUAUGGUGGUUAAGAACACGCUCCGGUACAUCCAGAACAAGCAGCGCGCGCACCGCGACGCGCCCGAGCCCUCCGACGACGCCGAGGGAGAAGAGAAGCCGGCCGACUGGAGCGCCGUCGAUGUCGUCGGGGGAUGUCUCAAGAUGGGUCUGGCCUAA